CUGAGGGUGAUGCUUCAUAUGGAAUAACUCUCCGUUCCAUUCUCUCAGAGGAGAGGGUUUUUAUUUCUCUUUUCCAUGUGACUCUGUAGUGUGUUAUACUUUCAGGAUUGAUUCAAUGAGGAUUUAAUUGCUCAUUGUCUUCCCACCUAAAAAAGACAUUUAAAUUAUUUCAUUCCAUAUUUCCUAAGCAAAUUCCUUUCCUGGGUCAUUGUUCAGCUGAGUGUCUUCUCCAUCAACGUGUGAUGGCAGGGGAGGUGAGAUCAGACAGCUUGCUCUGCCCUUUGUGCAACUCCUGCUUGGAUGAGAUGCAGUUGCUCUUUCAGUCUUUGAACCGCUAACGAAUCCUAUUUUGAUUGGAGGAAGAACGCAGCUUACAGCACACUGAACGAUUCACAAGUGAACAAGAGCACCAGUUUCUCUGCUAUGACCCAAAACAAUGGAUAUUAAUCUGCAGUCACAUCUCAUCUACUUCCCCCAGAUCUACUGUGAUGCCAGCACUCAGGUCAUUGAGUAUAAGCUCAGUGAGCAGAGUAUUUGCCAGGCCCGUGCCUCUGUGAUGGUCUACGAUGACACCAGCAAGAAGUGGGUGCCCAUCAAACCAGGCCAACAAGGCUUCAGUCGCAUUAAUAUCUACCACAACACUGCCAACAACACUUUUCGUGUGGUGGGGGUCAAACUGCAGGAUCAGCAGGUUGUCAUUAACUACUCCAUUGUAAAGGGGCUGAAGUAUAAUCAGGCAACUCCUACAUUUCAUCAAUGGCGUGAUGCUAGGCAGGUGUAUGGACUCAACUUUGCCAGUAAGGAGGAGGCCACCACCUUCUCCAAUGCCAUGCUGUUUGCUCUUAAUGUGCUCAGCACACAGGAUGGAGGUCCAGCAGUUCAGCGCCAGGUACAGAACGGUCCCACAGCAGAAGAACUGGAGGUCCAGAGAAGGCAGAUGGAGAUGCAGCAACAGCAGCAAAUGCAGGCACAUAUUGAGAGAGAGCGACGCUCAUCCAACUCAGGCUCUCCAUUUCAGGGACAUCCCGCAUUGCUCUCGGUGGCACCCCCAAGUAUAGUGCCACCCGUCAUGUCAAUUGGAGGUCCGUGCUUGCCUCCACCUCCUCCUCCUGCACCUCCCGGGCCUCCACCUCCAACAGCAGGAGCCCCUCCUCCUCCACCACCCCCUUUACCUCUGGGAGGAGGUGGAUAUGGAGGUCAUCCUCAUCCUCAUCAUCAUCACGAGGAUCCGCACGCAUCCACUGGCCUCGCCGCCAUGAUCGCCGGGGCCAAACUGCGCCGAGUGCAGAGGUCUGAUGAAAAUUCAGGAGCCAAAAACGAUGCCAAUCGGACAAGCGGAGGGAGUGGGGGCUUGAUGGAGGAGAUGAACGCCCUGCUUGCACGAAGACGGAAAGCUGCAAACCAGUCAGAGAAAGAAGGAGACUGCUUUAAUGAUGAUGCAAAUUCCUCUCCAAUGUCUAGAGGACAGAACGCAGAUGGUGCAAAGAAGCCAUGGGAUCGAGCCAACUCUGCAGAGAGAGCAUCACUGGUAUCAAGAGUUCGGCCCGUAGGCAGUAGCACUGACACAGACGCCUUAGACUUGGAUAGAAUGAAACAAGAAAUCUUAGAAGAAGUUGUUCGGGAAUUGCACAAGGUGAAAGAUGAAAUCAUUGAUGCCAUCAGACAUGAACUUAGUAGAAUUAGUACGACAUAAUCUCCCAGCCUCAUGUGAUCCCUCGUUUAUGAGCCCUGACCCGUGGCAGGAACUGCUGUAGCUGAUGACGGGACGACACCUAGCAGCGUUACCGCCAUAUUAAAGCAAAUGUAUCAGUUUGCUUCAAUAUGUAGUCUACAUUGUGGUACACCUCAGAUAUAAAAACAAAUGGAAGACACUUGCACUGACCUCUCUGUUUAUAUUUGGCAAAGACCUUUUCAAGUGGUUAAUGUCUUUAUAGGAAUUUGUUCUAGAUUUUUCUUCUCUUUUUAAUUGCUAUAAUUAUUAUUAUUAUUAUUAUUAUUAUUAUUGGUGGUGGUGGUAGCAGUGUUUAUUUUGGUGGUAUUGUGUAUUUAUUUACAGACAUUAAUAAUAAUAAUAAUAAUAAUAAUAAUAUGUCUAUGUCAGCCUUUUUACAUUGUUUGACUUAUUUUCCUUUGCUCACAUUAACAAUAUUUGUUUCUCACCAUGAUUUUGUAAAAAAAAAAAAAAAGAAAGAAAAAGAUUUUUUUAACUCCUUUUGGCAACAGAGAUGUGUAACCACUAACAGCAAGGUGGAACAUGACACUGAGGGACAGGAGACAAACUUUCUUUUUGGAUAUUGCAAUCUUGCAAAAAAAAUAAACCAACAAAAACAAAAACACUA